AUGCACUCGCUUAGUGAAGACCAUGUAGGAGCUGUGACACGUAUUUUGAGAUAUUUCAAAGUAACUCCUGGCAAUAGGUUAAUGUUUUCUAAGUAUGGUCUUACAGAUGCAGAAGGGUAUACAGAUGCUGAUUGGGCAGGUUCAGCUACUGAUAGGCAUUCUACGUCUAGAUAUUUUACGUUUGUUGGUGGUAAUCUAGUUACUUGGAUAAACAAGAAACAAAAGUUGGUGUCUCGAUCUAGUGCUGAGGCCGAGUACCGUGGGAUGGCUCAUGGUGUACGUGAGUUACUGUGGUUGAGAAGAUUAUUGAAAGAUCUUGGCUUUGGGCCUAAGAAACCUAUGGAUUUAUAUUGUGACAAUAAGGCUGCAAUUGCAAUUGCUCAUAACCCUCAUGUUGAGGUUGAUCGAAAUUUCAUUAAAGAAAAGUUGGAUGCGGAGAUUGUUUCCUUCCCAUUCAUCAAUUCUAAGUAUCAGUUAGCCGAUAUCCUUAUGAAUGUUGUUUCUACAAGUAUCUUCCUCAACUCGUUUGACAAGUUAGGCACGCGUGACGUCUUUGCUCCAACUUGA